ACAUUUUAUGAAUAAGCCAAGGACGCUAACUUUCAUCCCUCAUUCAAUGCUUUACCAAACUCACCAUCCUCUUCUCUUUCAAUUUCAUCCUUUCACUUCUUCCACACCCUCUCCUCACCUUUCAACUUCAUCCUCAUCAUCUUCUCCACCUUCACUUCCUCUAUCUCCCUCCCCUCUCUCUCUCUCUCUCUCUCUCAGGCUGAAACAGAAAUGGAGUGUGUGGAAGCAGCGUUGAAGAGCAGUUUUAGGAAAGACACAGCCCUGAAACUCAGCUCCCAAACGUUCCUAGAAGAGUUGUCGGCGUUCAAUGUUCAGAAUGUCGUCACCUCUUGUGACGACUUCGUUGUUGAUGACCUCCUUGAUUUUUCGCACGAAGAAGAGCUUUUUGAAGAAGAACCAGAACAACACCACCAUGGCUCUGUUUCCGAGAAACAGAACGAAACCCAAGAAAUUUGCAACCCUUCUUCGUUCAACGACCAGUUUCCCUCUUUACCCACCAGCGAACUCAGUGUUCCGGAUGAUGAUGCUGCGAACUUGGAAUGGUUGUCUCAUUUUGUUGAGGAAUCCUUCUCGGAACACACUGUUUCCUUGCCCACCGGAGUUUCAACGGAGAGCGGCGGAGAGAAAGAGGCUGAACCGGGAAGCCAGGUUCGACCCUGUUUCAGAACCCCGGUUCCGGCGAAGGCGAGAAGCAAGCGAACCAGGACCGGUGUACGGGUCUGGCCGGUCGUGUCGCCUUCUUUCCCGGAGUUAUCUUCUUCAACCUCGAGCUCCACCACCACCACCACCACCGCAACACCAUGUUCUCCGUCGCUCUCCUCACCCUCAAGCCCGGUGUUUGUUUGCCCUGCUGUGAGUUUUGAAAGAGGUUGGUUGCCGCCAGAGAAGAAGGCGAAGGUGAGGCCGGCCACGGAGGCGCUGCCGCCGCGGAGGUGCAGCCAUUGCGGGGUUCAGAAGACCCCUCAGUGGCGAACCGGACCGCUCGGGGCAAAGACACUCUGCAACGCUUGUGGUGUCCGGUUCAAGUCGGGCCGGUUAUUGCCCGAGUACAGACCGGCUUGCAGCCCUACUUUCUCGAGCCAAUUGCACUCGAACCACCACCGAAAGGUGCUUGAGAUGCGGCGGAAGAAGGAGGAGGUCAUGGGUGAACCGGUGACCGGUUCAGGACUUCCUCCGGUUGACCCCGGUUUUUGAUUUGAUUACUGUUUAAUUUCCCUUUUUUCUUUGUCAGUUAGGAAAAAAAGAGAGGCUAGUUUGAGAAAAUUAAAGAAUUAGACCCGGUUCAAUGGGGCCCCAAGUCAGUGUACAUAUUCUCUUUUUCACCUUUGUUGGGUGAGGUAGGUGUUAUUGUUAGAAGACUGUGAUCAUGUAACGGAUUACUUGAUUUGGAGGCUUUGAUAUUGAAAUCCUUUUUAUUUAAAUUUCAAAAAUUGUUUCUUUUUA